AUGGACACCAAGCGCUGCUUCGCCAACCGCUUCGAUGACUACCAGGGCAGUCUGCUGGCGGGCCAGUGCGAGGAGGCGGUGGCGCCCUUGGUCACCGCCACCAUCGAGCGCAUCCUUCAGGAGCUGCCCCCGCUCGGGGGCGGCGCUGAGGCCCGGGGGGCGGCGGCCGCGGCCAGCAGCUGCCAGGGAGGGCUGUACGGCGGCGUGGCCGGGGUGGCCUACAUGCUCUACCACGUCUCGCAGAGCCCGCUCUUCGCCGGGGCCCGGGAGCGCUACCUGCGCUCGGCCAAGCGCCUCAUAGACGCGUGCGCCCGCGCGGAGGAGUGGGGCGAGCCGGACGCCGACACCCGUGCUGCCUUCCUGCUCGGGGGAGCGGGCGUGUACGCCGUGGCCACGCUCGUGUACCACGCCCUGGGACGGUCCGACUACGUGCAGCCGUUGGGCAAGUUCCGGGCUCUGUGCGCCGUCUGCGCGCCGGUCUCCUUCCUGGAGUGCGGCUCCGACGAGCUGUUCGUGGGCCGGGCGGGCUACCUGUGCGCCGCGCUGGUGCUCAAGCAGAAACUCGCCCAGGAGGUACUGAGCCCAGCACAGAUCAAAUCAAUUUGCCAGGCGAUUCUGGACUCUGGGAAGCAGUACGCCAUGAAAAAAAGGAAGCCAUUCCCUCUGAUGUACUCUUACUAUGGAACUGAAUACUUGGGAGCAGCUCAUGGCCUGUCGUCCAUUCUCCAGAUGCUUCUUUCUUACCACGAGCACCUCAAGCCCUCAGAUCAGGAGCUGGUAUGGCAGAGUGUGGACUUCCUCAUGGAGCAGGAGCAGAACUGCAACUGGCCACCUGAGCUUGGCGAGGCCAUCGAGAGGGAGAAUGAGCUGGUGCACUGGUGCCAUGGCGCCCCAGGAAUUGCCUACCUGUUUGCCAAAGCUUAUCUCGUUUCCAAAAAACCACAGUACCUGGACACAUGUAUCCGGUGUGGGGAACUUACGUGGCAGAAGGGCCUGCUAAAGAAGGGGCCUGGCAUUUGCCACGGUGUGGCUGGCAGUGCCUAUGUCUUCUUGCUGCUAUACCGGCUCACGGGAAACUCUAAAUACAUCUACCGAGCCCAAAGGUUUGCUGAGUUUUUAUUUACUGAGGAAUUCAAGGCUGGUUCUCGGGUCCUUGAAAGUAUAUACAGCUUGUAUGAAGGCUUCUCCGGGACGGUGUGCUUUCUGAUCGAUCUGCUGCAACCCAAUCAGGCGGAGUUCCCUCUCUUCAGCGUCUUUGUCUAG